AUGGGGCGCAGCUCUGGCAGCCGGAGUCGCGGGAGUGGCGGAUCUAGCCCCAGCUUGCCCCGGAAGCCCAAGGAAACUGGGACGGUGAACAGCUGGAAUGUGGAGCGACAAUUUGGCUUCAUUUCCUGCGAUGGAAACCGUUCAGACGUGUUCUUGCACGCGGAAGGAUUCAGAGAUGUAGAUGUUCGUGACAGGGUGAAGAAGAACGGCUUGAAACGCGGAGAGCGUGUACGAUUCGACCUGAAGGAGCCGGAUGGAUCCCGCCGCAAGCUGGAGGCGAAGAAUGUGGAGCUGGUUGAGGACGACCGGUCCCGCACAGACAGAGACGAGCGGCGGCGCUCGCGGAGUCGACGGAGGAGGCCCAGCGACUCGCGGCCAAGGCGUCGAUGA